UGCAGUCUGCAGACUCUGUCGCUGCAGCAGCGCCCCUGUUGACGCCUGAACGUCAGUGAUCACGUGCUAUCUACUACGACUCGCUGAAGUUGGAGAAAAGUUUGACAAGCCUGAAGAAGAACUUCGAGAGAGAGCGCGAGCUGCUGAAGACCAAAGCAGACACAUUAUCGACACCAACUGUUUUAAUCUCCGGAUACACGAUGGAAACCGUCGCCCAGAAAGUGAUGUCUUCGGGUUUCUCUCUUGACUUGGGACCUCUAAAAGAGCCGUUGGCAUUCAUCCGUUUGCUACAAUGGGUGUUCACCAUAUUUGCCUUUGCUACGACUGGAGGAUACAGCGGCACAACCAGCAUCAAUGUCCAGUGCAAGGGACGUGACAGUGUAGAAAUACAGGCAGACUUUAACUACCCAUUCAGGUUGAUGCAGCAUCCGUAUAAUGUUCCUGACUGCAAAAACAAUCAAACUACCACUGAGUACUUCCUGACUGGAGACCACACAUCCUCGGCACAGUUUUACGUCUGCAUUGGCGUGUUGGCCUUUCUCUACACCACUGCCACGCUAGUCCUCUACUUGGGCUACCAGCACGUGUACAGAGAAUCUAGUCGUGGCCCCACUGUGGACCUUUUGGUGACAGCGGCCUUUGCUUUCUUGUGGUUGGCAUCUGCCUCUGCUUGGGCUAAAGGCUUGUCCGAUGUGAAGUGGGCCACCAGUCCUUCAAACAUUGUGACUAUUCUUGAUGUUUGCAAUGUUGCCGACAACAAGUGCACCCCAGGUGCUAUGCCUCACAUGGGCCGACUAAACGCCUCUGUGAUUUUUGGUUUUCUUAACCUAAUCCUGUGGAGCGGCAACUGCUGGUUCAUUUACAAGGAAACACCUUUCCACAAAUCAGCGGACCAGCCUGCAGAUGCGGAGGGGGUAGUCGGGCCAUCAUAACUGCGCAGCUUCCUCAUUUAAACAUUUUCUAACAUUUAGUGUGAUUGAAUACAUUGUGAUACUAAUUGUUAAAGAAAGAAUACUGUAAAUUACACUGGUAUUUCCAAACCUGACCGCUCCUUUUAUGCUAAUUAUUAAUUUUAUAUUCAGUGUUGUAUUAUCUCAAAUACAUCUAGGAGAGGAACUAACUCUUGAGUUGUUCGUAGUUAAAUCAAUACAGGAAAAUGUAGCAGCCAAAAAUGUUAUUCUCAUAGAUGCUCAGUUUGCAUGUUUUUUAAGAUAUUUAUACCCAGGUAUCCAAAACAAAGUGUCCCUUAUCUUAAAUGGUGCAGCAGAUGUGGACUGUUCAGCCUUGUUGGUGAUCACUUUUCCAACAUGCAAACUGUAAAUCAUUUGUGCCAUCAGCAUUUUCUUUACAAAAAAAGACUCAGGGCUGUUGAGUGUAUGAGAAGUCCAAAUAUCUAAUAAAUAUAAAAUACUUAAAGUGAAUUUAUUAAUAACACAAGUCUAGACAAAUUCAACGUUCAGUCCAAUCCUAAAAUAAUACAGUAGGCAUCAAACAAUGUAGCUACAAUGAAUUAAUGUUAGAUCAAUUGAAAAGGAAACCAGUUGCCAUUAUGAGAUUAUUUCUAGUGGGUGAAAGCAGUUGCAUUGCAUAUUGUUUGUGUUAUGUUGCACCUCAUCAUCUCACUACGGAAGUAUAAAUUCAGUAUUUUAGCCAGCUGAAUAUUAUGUUUAAUGUAGUGGAUAUAUCCGUUUAGAGCAUGUUCGCUCUUUUUGAAUUUUACAUUUAAAACUUUAAAACUUAUUAUGCAGAAUGUUCCCUGGAUGUUUAUAAUGUUGAAAUUUAGAAAGGAUAGCACUGCAAGGUCCUAAAUGACUUCAAAAACAAUGUACUGUAAAGUGUUCCACCUUAGCUAGUGGUUAGUAACAAUCUAAUGAUCUCUAACCUGUUAAUAAUUAACUGUUUUUCUUGCUUUCGCCUGGCUUCUACCUCCACUUUGUUAUAAGAUGAGCUGUUUUUCCUCUAUUUCCUACUUUGAUAUAGCCAUUCUUGAUUCAAGAUUCGUAGCUUGAUCCACCACUGUGUUGAUAAAAAGUGUUUCACAGAUGAGACUGGGGUUCCUGUGCGUACAGGAGUGGACAUUUAAUGCUGUGCAUCAUUAAAAGUAAGAAGUGGA